GCGGCAGAGGCCAAGGGUGAGGGCAGACACAGACCAGGGCCUCGAUCAGGCUGAUGGAAUGAUACGAGCUGGGCGAGAAGGGUGCGGCUAGGCCUUAACAACGGGUGUAACGUUCGGGACAUUCGAUGUCGCUUGUCAAUCGUGGGACCUGCUGAUACAUGGAUGGGAUGGAUGGCGCAGUGGGAGGGACAUGGCCAUCCGAGCAUCACGCUAUGUGGGAUUGAGCUGAGCCCUGGGUCCUUUGGAGACAGUUCUCGUCCCAUGCACAUGAAAAACAACCCCUCCUACUUGCAUAUACCUUACCUGGCGAUACUUGCGAUGGCCUCCAAGAACAUGUCUUCCGCCGAGAGCACCCCAGUCCACACUCCCCCAGGCCCUUCUCGUCGACCUUCAACCAUCGCCUUCGAGGAAUCGUGUGUCCUCGUCGACGCAUACCCUCUUUCCAUGACAGACCUUGAAGACGGCGUCAAGCAACGAAUGUCUGUUGCGGGUGCCGGUGAAGAGACGUGGCCGAAAAAGUCACGCUCCCCCCGUCUCUCUCUCACCAUCCCUCCAGCCUUGCGCAAAGCUCUCCCAUCGCCCAAGCUCCUUGUUCGGCCACCUCGCUGGUCAUCAUCUACCCCGCCCUACUCAACCUUCACGCCUACCCGAUCUACUCCUGCUCUCCCACAACCUGCUCGGCUCAGUUCUCCCAGUGCCGAGUCCCCUAUACCCAUCGGAGCCAGAAGCCAGCCGACAUCGCCUGCGACUGGCAAUCCUCCUGUCCGAUCACGCAACCCGUCUGUGGCUGAAGGUCUCCACAUGUUGUCCGAGCGAGAAGAGAACACUGGUCAUGUCUCUCCCAACCCCCUCUCCGGGGAAACUUUAUCCCCUGUAUCUCCUACCACGCCAUGCGCCCAGAGCGUCUGGCUGUGUUCACCCCCAAGGCGUCAUCCAACCCCACCAUCAUCCGCGCCCCCAAACUCAUUCGUCGCUCCUUCUCAACCUCCCACUACCGCAUCAACUCGAAAGAACAGGCCUAUCGUUGUGCGCGCCAUGUCAACGGGUAGGCUGGCGCGCGAGUUUGACCAAGACGGACGAGUGGUGUGCAUGUCAAAUCAUUCGGACCGGGUGCUGCAGAACACUGCUGUCGUGAUCACAGAGGGGCAAGAAAACCAACACGCCCAGACAGCUCCAAAGUUGCGGCGUGCACAGACGGAAAAGCCGGCUGCUCGCAAGAACCUUCCAGUUCCACCUCUCCCUGCUUCGACAGACAGGCUCCCCAGGAGUUCGAGCACGGCGGGUUUCGAUUUGGCGGCGUUGCAGAAAGAGGCUGGGAAUCUGGCAAGACCAAACGUAUUGGCCAAGCGGGUGUCGUCGGGGUUCAGGAGGAUUAGCUCGAGCCCGCAGAAGAUCAUGGCCUGAUGUCUUGUAGAUGUUAGGAAGGAAUCGUUGUAUAGCUGCUUUUGCUGUUGGAAAGCGCUUUUGGUGUGGUCGAUAUACCCUUGUCUUGUACAUAUAUGACUGUCUCUCAAUCAUUAGCCUUGACGGUACCCAU